AUGGCCGACCAUCAUCAUCUCCUCCUCCUCCUCUUAUUCUUCUUCUUUGCUUCCUUCCUCUCCCAUGGAGUUUUCGACGUUGAAGCUUCACACCGCUUUUCGAGUUUGCACCACGUUGCCAAACUUUCGUAUCCCACCCACCAGCCUUAUCGCACUGGCUACCAUUUCCAGCCUGCCAAGCAUUGGAUCAAUGCACCUAUGCUUUACAAGGGAGUGUACCACUUGUUCUACCAAUACAACCCCAAAGGCGCCAAGUGGGGGAACAUCGUGUGGGCCCACUCAACCUCCACCGACAUGAUCAACUGGUCGCCACGUGGCUACGGCGUCUACCCGUCCCAACGGUCCGACAUCAACGGCACCUGGUCCGGCUCCGCCACCUUCCUCCACAACGGCGUCCCGGCCAUCCUCUACACCGGGAUCGACCCGGACCGGAACCAGGUCCAGAACAUGGCCGUGCCCGAGAACCCGCUCGACCCAUACCUCACCAACUGGGUCAAGGCCCACGAGAACCCGCUCAUGGAGCCCACCCAACAGAACCGGAUCAACGCGUCGUCGUUUCGUGACCCGACCACGGCCUGGCUCGGCCCAGACUCCACGUGGCGCCUGCUCGUCGGCAGCAAGCACGAUCAGAAAGGAUUGGCCGUGUUGUACAGGAGCAAGGACUUCGUCAACUGGAUGAAGGUCGACCACCCGCUUCACUCCACCGAAGGGACCGGAAUGUGGGAGUGUCCCGAUUUCUACCCGGUCCUUGUUGGGUCUGAAGUCGGGCUGGACACCUCUGUGGUGGGCCCGAACGUGAAGCACGUGUUGAAGGUGAGCCUGGACGACACGAAGCACGAUCACUACACGAUCGGAAAGUACGAACCUUUCGUGGAUGUCUACACCCCGGAUCACGACGGUCUGGCCGACCAGGAUCUGGGGAUACGAUACGAUUAUGGCAAGUACUACGCGUCGAAGACGUUCUUCGACUGGGGAAAGAAUCGUCGCAUCCUGUUGGGUUGGGUCAAUGAGUCGUCCACCGAGGACGAUGACGUUGCCAAGGGGUGGGCUGGGGUCCAUACGAUUCCUAGGAAGAUAUGGCUGGACAAAUCGGGGAAGCAACUAGUUCAGUGGCCGAUUGAGGAAGUAGAGAAGCUUAGAGAGAAAGGUGUGAAGAAGCCAUGCCAAGAGCUCAAGCCAGGAUCCGUUCAUGAAGUGACGGGCGUCACGGCGGAACAGGCUGACGUGGAGAUCUCGUUUGGGAAACUGGACUUGAGCAAAGCUGAGAAGUUGGACCCGAGCUGGACCGACCCACAGGCCCUCUGCACCAGAAGGGGUGCCUCGGUGAGAGGGGCUUUGGGCCCAUUUGGCUUGCUGGUUUUGGGCUCCAAGUGCAUGCAGGAAUACACGGCAGUUUUCUUCAGGGUUUUCCAAUGUCACGACGGCAAGCCCGUGGUGCUCAUGUGCAGUGACCAAAGCAAGUCAUCUCGAAACGAUGAGAACGAUAAAGCAUCUUACGGGACCUUUGUGGACGUAAACCCUGCCCUUGAGAAUCUUUCCUUGAGAACCUUGAUUGAUCAUUCGAUAGUGGAGAGUUUUGGUGCACAUGGAAAGAGCGUCAUCACAGCAAGAGUAUACCCACUUUUGGCCAUAGAUGGGGCAGCCCAUUUGUAUGCAUUCAACAAUGGAACUCAAAGUGUGAAGGCCUCAAGACUCAGUGCAUGGAGCAUGAAGAAAGCUCGAAUUGGUUGA